UGCGCGUUGGGGGGUUGCACACAUUUGAAUCAUUUAAUACUCGUUAUUCAUAGGCAUUCUGUGUAAUAUUCCAGUAGUGUUGCGGCAAGGGCGGCUGAAGCAAAAAUUUUAGCCUACGACAUCCAUAUCGAGACAUGGGUAUGCCGACGUAGGGGUGCGAGAUACCUACUGACAAGUAUUUCGGGAAGUGCUUUUAGGAUUUUACGAACCUUUGAUAAGUGGGGGCGACGUUUGUAUUUUCGGGAGCAGCAUGGAGGCCGAUGAGGAAACGGUGGCCUCUGCUCAGACGGGCUCGGAGGAGGGAAGUGAGACCAUUGCCGACGGGGAGGAAGAAGCUGGUGAGGAGGGGGACGAACAAACCCUGCCCGCCUCUCAGAAGACUAGCCAGAUCACAGCGGGUCAGACUGACAGCACCCACGACCGAGACGAUCGGGAAGGUGACGAAGAUGAAGAGGAUGACGAGGAAUAUUCGGAUGAAGAGAUCAUGGACAUCGACCUCAAUUUUGAAGACAUGGAGCUGGAGUUCCAGGGGGUGCUGGAGGAGCUAUCGCAGGACCCGACACUGGCCCGCUUCCGCAUGGAGUACGCCAAGCUGCACACGGCGCUGCAGCGCUCACACCACAACGAGCGUCGCCUCAUGGACAAAUGUCGCGAGCUGCAGGCCGAGAUCGCCUCGCACUCGGCCGAGGUGGCCACCGCGCUCAAGCUCGCCUCCGAGGACAAGCAGACCAUCGAUGCCCUCAAGAGGGAGGUAGAAAAGGCGUGGAAGAUGGUGGAUCUCGCCCACGAGCGCGAGCAGGAGUCCAAGGAGACGAUGGAGGCGCUGCAGACCGAGAUCACCCGGCUGCACGAGGUGGCCGGCCAGGGCGACGAGGCGGCCGCCGGCAAACAGGACGCGGUAGCGGAGCUGAUCAGCGCCCGGGACGACCUGCUGAAGGAGCGGGACGGCCUGCUGCAGGACGUUACCCAGCUGAGAACGCAGCUGGACGAGGCCUCGGCCAAACAGGAGGCCGUCGAGAAACUCCAUCAGGAGGCUGAGGCCAAGUUGGAAGCCAUGACCCAGGAGAUGCAGGUUCAACGGGGUGAUAUGCAACGCGAGAUCAGACGAAAAGAUCGUGCAGAGCGAGAUCUUAGGAACGCCAAGUCCGAUAUAGACGCAAAGGAGGCUGAGAUGAAGAUUGUACAGGGCCAACUUGAACAGUACCAGGAGCAGUUGAGCAGAUCUGAAGUGGUUCUGAAGGAGCAAAAGGUGGGUGCCUCGCCUAUCGUCCAUCUCGACUUUGAACGAGAAGCCAUCAAGGAGACGGAGGUGAUGACUUCACGCUGCCAGAAACUACAGCAAGACUACGAAGCACAGCUGAUCACUGUCGAUCAACUUGCGCAAGAAAACCAGCACAAAGUUUCAGAACUGAAGGCUCGCGACGAGGAGAUGGCCGCGCUUCGCCAGGACGUGUCGCGCCUGAUGAAGCUGCGCGACAGCCUGCAGCGCAAGCUGCGGACCACCGAGGAGCAGAAGGCGGGCGUGCAGGCUGACCAGGAGGCCGUCACGGUCGCGCUGCAUCGGCUGGAGCGCGACCUGGAGACCAACGCCCGCCAGAUGGAGGCCGACAAGAAGGCCAUGGAUGACCUGCGGUACGAGCGUGAACUGCUCAAGAAGGGUCUGCUCAAAGCGCAAGACGUUUCCCUGAAGCAGCAAAACCUUAUGAAGCUUCACGAUCAGGCAAGGAAGACGCUCGAGGCGGAGACAAGCGCCUUGAAACGGUCAUCCACGAAGCAGAAGUUUGUCAUUUCCCAACUGGAAAAGGAGCGCGACAAGUAUAUUUCUGAGUCGGCGGCGCUGACGCAGAAGGUGCUCGUGCUCAUGGAGGAAAUCAAGAUUAAGGAACUGGAGAUGUUCGACUACAAGAAGAAGAUGUCUGAGGCCGAGUCCAAGCUAAAGCAGCAGCAGAGCUUGUACGAGGCGGUGCGGAGUGACAGGAACCUCUACAGCAAAAACCUGAUUGAAUCUCAGGAUGAGGUGUUAGAAAUGAACAAGAAGCUGAAAAUGGUCAACCAUCAAAUAUACCAGCUGAAGGAAGAAACGAACACACGGGAGGCAUUGCUCAUCAAGGAACAAAACGAUCUCCGCCGCGCAACUAAAGAGAAGGAGAACCUUUUGCUGGAUCUGGAGGACCUACGGGCGCAGGCCGCCGCGAUGAAGAAGAGGAUCGCUGAGUUUGAAGCAGAGCACCUGAAACUGAACAAGGUGAUUUCAGACGGCGAGGCGGAGCGAAACAAGCAGCGCAAGGACAUGAACCAGGUGACGACCGAGCGCGACAUCCUGGGCACGCAGCUGGUGCGGCGCAACGACGAGCUGGCGCUGCUGUACGAGAAGAUCCGCAUUCAGGAGAGCACGCUCAGCAAGGGCGAACAGCAGUACCGCGAGCGCAUCCGCGACAUCGGCCUGCUCAAGCUGGAGAUCAGGAAGCUGAGACGGGAGAAGGGUCUGCUGAGCCGCAGCGUGCACAACCUGGAGGACAUGCGGCGCGAGAUGUACCACAUGCACCGAGCGCUGCUCAAGGAGCGCUCCAAGUGCAAGUCGCUGGAGAACGAGCUGCAGAACCCGCAGAACGUGCAUCGCUGGCGGCGGCUCGAGGGGAACGACCCGAACACGUACGAGAUGAUACUGAAGAUCCAGACACUGCAGCGGAGGCUGAUCAUGAAGACUGAAGAUGCUACCAGGAAGGAGCUGGAGAUCCAAGAGAAGGAGAAGCUGUACCUGGAGCUGAAGCAGGUGCUGGCGCGUCAGCCGGGACCGGAGAUGGCCGAGCAGCUCAUGCUCUGCCAGGGCUCGCUCCGACAGAAGACCAGACAGAUGAAGAGCCUUGUUUCUGAGCUUAAUAUGUACGAAUCCCAGAUGCAAGAGUACAAGUUAGACGUGGAUAGGUUGACCGAGGAUCUCAAAGAAGUGAAGAAACGUUACAUCACACAGAAGCGCCAGGAGAGCCGACUGCGGACCCAGCUGCAGGAGUCCCAGACCAAGCUGGCGUCGCCCAGCCGGUUCCCGCCGGUGGGCGGCGGCCGCCAGCAGCCCCCUCUCGGCGGCGGCUUCAAGCUGGCGCCGAUCAGUGUGCCCGACAGCACAUAGAGGGCGCUGGGAGGCUGCGGUUCGCCAGCUGGCGCGGCAGUGCGUCUCGCUUGGAUUUGCGACGCCGCUGGCGCAGUGGGCCGGCAUGGCGUCGGUCGUGCGCGUCUGGUCGGUCAAAUUGUCUGCGGAUAGAAAUUACAGGCAGCCGCUGGAGUCCUGGCCGCGCUUGGGACGCGGGCGGCCCCUCGAUCUCUGUCAAUCACGCGAUAUGAAGGGCGCGUGUCGCUGGUAUGGACCGUCCGUCCGUGUGAUGUUGAACGAGGCAGCCGAGCCGAUCCGGGCGCCGUGCUGGGCUUUCAAUAACCAGUUUGGUUUGUGUGUUUGUAAGACGUCUGAUAAGGAUCCAGGGGUGAUAUGGCUUGCACGUACCGUGGUCUGUAGUUCGAUUAUGUCAAAUUGUGUCCACUGUCGUGGUGGUGAACGAUACAUACGAGUAGUUGUAGGCGUGGUGAGGCAGGCAACGUUUGGAAGAUUUUUGAUGACCAGAAUUGACGUUUUAUAAUAAGCAUCUGUACACUUUA